AUGGAUGCCAUUUCGUAUGAUGGAAAGGCCGACCCCGUUAAACAUGUUAGCCAUUAUAUCCAGAUGAUGUCGCUGUACAUCCAUAAUGACAUGCUUAUGUGUAAAGUAUUCCCUUCCAGUCUCGGGCCUACUAUUUUGAGGUGGUUUAAUGGGUUAAGAAAGGGAUCAAUUCAUAAUUUUGAAGAGUUAAUACAAGAAUUUAAUGCUCAGUUUAUGACGUGUAGUCGGGUGUCGCAGCCGGUGGACGCACUAUUAUCUAUGAAAAUGAGAGAUAGGGAAACUCUUCGGAGCUAUGCUAAUAGGUGUUGGGAGUUGUAUAAUGAAAUUGGUAGAGGUAACAAGAAAGUAGCGGCCAACACUUUCAAAUUAGUGCUUCCAGAGGACUUAGAGUUAAGAGAUUUGUUGACUAUGAGGUCUCUUGAGAACAUGCGGCAGCUGAUGAGGUGGAUUGAGGAGUACAAGAGGUUGGAGGAUGAUUGGCAGCAAAAUAAAGCCAAGGUGCCUGCCACUUCGCAGUAUGCAAAGGAUUCACGGACAAGGGGUUUUAAGUUGAGACGGAGAAGGGAGUUAAGAAUUAAAGAACCCAAUGUUUGGACUGGGGAAGUCAAUGUGGUGUUUAAGAAGCCUGUUCAUAAGAUCCUGGAGUGGAUCAAGAAUGGGCUGUAUUUCUAG